CUGGGUCCAGCAUUCCUUUAUCUCCUUCCUUCGUCUUGCGCGACAAGUUCAUCCAAUGGGAGUAGCAAGGCCUUUUCCACUCGAACAAACUCAAAGACAUUCUCGUAUUCUAUGAAGAGGACGAGACGCUACUACAGCUUUUCACAAUCAUUGGUCAGCUAAACGCAAGCGCCCAAUGUCGAAUGUUCGUCAACUUUCUAGGAAAUUCCUGAAUUCUAUCAGAAUCUUCGAGGAAUAGAAAACGUCUCUACAGCUUUUUACCGUGGUUCCGUUUUGCACCUACUUUCUCUCAGGCUUUAAUUUCCUUUCCUCUUUCCCCCCUUCCUUCUCUCUCGACCGGUUCGAAGAUGCUAUCAAUCAUCUCAACACCCAUGUCCUCCCACGAUUUCAGCCGAAACGAUGGAGGUAGUUAUAGUUCAACAGAGCGUAUGUCUGGUAUUCACGACACAACCUCUACUUCACCGGUGGAAGCAAGGAUAGUUAUUUUAAGAGGUGUGGUCGAGAAACCCUACGCACACUACGGUAUGGCCAGCUCCUUAACUUCAAUCGAGUUACUCUUUCAACUGUUCACGUUGGGGAUGCACAGAAACCGACCUCUCAAAAAGCGAUACAUUGAUUGAGAUGAAUACAGCGGAAUGUCGAAACGACAUCACCAAGAGAUUCUCAGCGUUGCGAGUGAAGGUUACAUUGAAAGAAAAUGCUCCUUACGCCAUCGGAAAAUUAUUUGAAACCUGGUGCGCAGAAUCGUCUAGGAAGGAUAUUUAUGUCAAGAUUUUGCGGUCUCAGAGGAAUGGAGUUGAUGAGACUUUCUUUUCUCGUGCCCUAAGAUGGAGCGAUAUCAAGCAUGAAAAUGUUCUCAAUCUCUGGGGCAUUGCCUUGGUGAAGUCGAGUCUAGGACUUGUUUCCCCUCGGUUGAAGAAUGGCAACAUACUCUCGUACCUCGAGAACAACCCCCUCCAUGAUCGGUUGAAGUCGAUUACGGAAAUCUCAGCCGGUUUAUCCUACCUUCAUUCACUAAACCCUCCCCUCGUCCAUGGUAACAUCAAGAGUGGAAACGUCAUCGUUUCCGAUGACCUUCGCUGUUGUCUUGCCGAUCUUAGCAUCACCACGGAGGUUGCGAGGAACGCGAAGACCUCCAUGGUCAUCUACGGCUCAGUACGAUGGCUCGCCCCUGAAGUCAUCCACGCUACCAAACCGCCAGACGUGAAUAACACCCCUCGGGAUAUCUUCUCAUAUGCUUUGACUAUCGUCGAGAUAAUGACUGGCCAAAAUCCAUUCUCAGAACUCACCUACGAACCCGCAGUAGCUGUUGCGAUAGCGAGAGGUAAACGUCCUCCGAGACCUACACAUCCCAAAGAGGGAUGGUGUCCGGAUUAUGUUUGGGAUCUGGUGGAGAGAUGUUGGCAGCAGGAUCCUAUUAAGCGGCCAAAAGCGAGGGAGGUUCAUCAAUAUCUAAAGGGUUUGUUGGAGGUUGGUGGUGAGGGCGAUAUACCAGUUUUGGGAUCGGACUCGGAUGUGUCGGAGGCUGGGUUGAAUCUGUGGAAUCAUGCUCUUCCUACAGAGCGCGCGGCUGAGCCCGGGAGGCGUCGUCUUAUGGGGAAAGAUGAGGGAAUUUCGAGGAAGUAUCUUCCUCACGAAGUUUACUCUCGUUUAUUCGACUUGGCUAAACGUGAGACUGAGGCUUCGCACUUCGAUGAACACCUUCCUGGAUCAUCGGAAUCUAUCAGCCUUCUUGUAUACCCGGAAGAAGACAUCCAGGCAGGUAUCGUUCAAGGCAUCAUCCAAGGCCACAGGUACCGAGAACGGCUUUACGAGGUCCUCCACAGAGCGCCAACUAUGAACGCAGCUGAGGUUUACCAAGCCGUUCUCAAGGACGAAGAGGGAGUCGCUGAGCUGGUUGAGACGGUGUUGACGUCGAAACAUGAUAUGGCGGAUGUGUUGAUGUUGAGAGAGGGUGAUAUGGAGUGUUUCAUGAAUGCUCUGCAAGAUAUACUAGAUAACUCGGAAUCAAAACUUAUCAAUCGACUACGAGAGAAAAUCCGCUGUCUGUUGGCCACACUAUGCAAGAAAGCCACAGGUCUCCCACAGGCGAUGUUCAUCGACGGAGUCGCACCUCCGCAACGAAACAUUUGCGGUGGGGCCUUUGGAGACGUAUUUAGGAGCGUGUAUGAAGGGAAGUAUGUCGCUCUAAAACGGUUACGUUUUUUCCGGGGUUCUGAACAGGGGAAGGUGUGCAAGAAAUUCUGCAAGGAAGCGAGACUUUGGAAACGAUUGAACCAUAAAUAUGUGUUGCCACUGUUAGGUAUCGACGCUGAUACGUUUCCGAGGCAACCGUGUAUGGUGUCGCCGUGGAUGUUCAAUGGGACUAUCAAUGAGUUUUUGAAAAGGAAGGAGAAGGGGAGUGUUGAUCUGCUUCGGCUGAUCCACGAGGUGAUUCAAGGCAUCGAGUUCUUACACUCGCAAGGUGUCGUUCACGGUGAUAUCAAAGGAGCCAACAUCCUGAUUGACGACAAAUUCCAUCCUCGUCUCACUGACUUUGGAUUGACGGUGUUCCAGGACGUCGAACAUAACACGACGGACUUUGGAGGAACGUUACGCUGGAUGGCACCCGAAUUAUUUUUUGGAGAAAAGGCGAACCAUAGGACUUUUGCCAGUGAUAUUUAUGCAUUUGGAUGUGUCUGCGUUGAGUUAUACACCGGGAAGCCCCCCUUCGCUGAAGAGGCAUCGCAUGAUCUACAUGUCCUCACGAAAGUCUGUGGCGGAGAAAGACCUAGAAGGCCAUCGGAUAUGCCUGAUAAGCUGUGGGCACUGGUGGUCAAAUGUUGGAACCACAGGAGCGAGUUGCGGCCUUCCAGCGAGGAAGUCUCGCGGGAGGUCGAGCAGGUCACAUCGUGUUGAUGGCCCGCCGUGGGCGUUAUUAUACCCUGAUAAUUGUAUGAGUCGAAGUACUGUAAACGCUUCCUUAGGCGGGUGUGACAAUCCAUGGCUCUUGCAGCUAUCUAUGGAGGCUGCACGGUGUUCGUCGCUAACGAAUAGAAGAGAAGAAAUCGGACAUACCUAAGAGAGAAAGGUCUCGUCGUCAGCUUGUCGUAGUUUAAGAAUCACC